UUCCCGAUUCUCCUUUCAUUUCAUACUUUUUAUCGCUUCAGAUAUUGAAAAUGGAGUAACAUUUUGCUAUGAUUUAUUUUUCUUGUUUCGAAAUCGAGAAACGAGGAGCAUGUCUUCUCGCUCCACUGAGUACGCAUUUUCUCUUAGUUCUGUGGUGUAUGCUCGUAUGUGAAUUCAUUUCAUCGAAAUGUCUCUCCUCAGUAGAUUCUUUUACAGAAGACCCCCCGAUGGGUUGCUGGAAUUUGUUGAACGAGUAUAUAUUUUUGACUCCUGCUUUUCUACUGAAGUAUUGCCUGAUGAUAUGUACCAAAUAUAUCUGCACGAAAUCAUAAAUGAAUUACAUGAAGAAUUCCCGGAGUCCUCUUUUCUUGCUUUUAAUUUUCGUGAAGGGGAGAAACGGAGCCAAUUUUCACAAAUGUUGUGCGAGUAUGAUGUCACUGUGAUGGAUUAUCCUCGACAAUAUGAAGGUUGCCCGCUUCUACCGCUGUCGUUAAUACAGCACUUCCUCCAUGUUUGUGAAAGUUGGCUUCUGCUAGGUAACCAACAAAAUGUCAUUCUUCUCCACUGUGAGAGGGGAGGUUGGCCACUGUUAGCAUUCCUUUUGGCUAGCUUUUUGAUAUUUAGAAAACUGCACAGUGGUGAGAGGAAAACUCUUGAAAUUGUUCAUCGAGAAGCCCCCAAAGGGUUUUUGCAGCUCUUGUCACCAUUAAAUCCAUUCCCAUCGCAGCUCCGCUACUUGCAAUAUGUUGCAAGGAGAAAUAUAGUCUCUGAGUGGCCACCACCUGAGCGAGCACUUUCUUUAGAUUGUGUAAUUCUUCGUGGCAUUCCGGGUUUCGAUUCUCAGAAUGGCUGCCGACCAGUUGUUCGUAUUUUUGGGAGGAAUCUUUUUAGUAAGGGUGGGCUUUCCACGCAGAUGAUUUUCUCUAUGCCCAAGAAGAACAAGGCCCUCCGUCACUACCAUCAGGCAGAGUGUGAUGUGAUUAAAAUAGACGUUCAGUGUUUAGUUCAAGGAGAUGUAGUGUUGGAGUGUUCACAUUUGGAGUCAGAACAUGAAAGGGAAGUUAUGAUGUUUCGUAUUAUGUUCAAUACAGCGUUUAUUCGAUCAAACAUACUGAUGCUAACCUCUGAAAAUUUGGACAUUCUUUGGGAUUCAAAGGAGCGUUAUCCAAAAGGCUUUCGAGCUGAGGUUCUGUUUGGAGAGAUGGAAAGCAUCUCCCCUCCAAGGGCUCCAACCACAAUUUUGAAUGGUGAAGAGAAAGGUGGAUUACCAAUUGAAGCUUUUUCCAGGGUUCAAGAACUUUUUAGUGGUGUUGAGUGGAUUGAUAACAAUGAUGAUGCUGCCUUGUGGCUACUCAAGAAUCUUUCUGCCUUGAGUGAUGUGAAGGAAUUGUCAAGAUUGCAAAAUAAAACAAGUUCAUACUCCUCACCAGUGGAUUCUGAAGAGGAAAAUAAUACAUCUAGCACUGCCGAUAGUUUAGAUGAAGUAUUUGAUACUAUUACAAGGCCUGUGGUUGAUUCAACUUCUACCAAUUUUACAAUUCCAGCUACGGUACAUUCUUCUGAAUUAUUGUCCGACAAGAUUGGUGCUAAUGAAGUGAAUAUUUCAUCAGAGUCUCCUCAACUUUUUGAUGAAUUUCAAGAUGAGAUAUCUUCGAAUAAAGAACCUCCAUUAACUUCUUUUGGCUCCUCAACCCCUCCUAUAAGUUCUUCUUUGAUGUCAUCGCCACUGUUGCCUCCAUCUAAUCUACCAUGUACUAAUGCUAGUGGAGAACUUGUCUCAAAUAAAAUGACACCCACUGUUGAAGUAAUUCCUCCUCCACCACCACCGCCGCCGCCACCUUUUUCCCUGUCUCAUAAUGAACCUCAUGUAGAAACUUCCAUCAGUUCAAAUUUGACGACCAUAACAAUGCAUGGGAGACCCCCUCCACCACCUCCACCUCCACCUCCACCUCAAUAUACUACUGGUACCAAUCCUGUUGAAGCCUCUUUGACUCAUUCACUGUCGCUUGUUCCUAAAUCUUCGGGUGCUCCUCCACCCCCACCUCCCCCUCCCCCUCCACAAGUUGUUGGUCCACCUCCACCUAUUUCAAAUUCCUCCAGUUCUCCUCCACUUCCUCCUCCACCUCCGCCUCCAGUUCCAAAAUCUUUUGGUACUCCUCCACCUCUAGUUCCAAAAUCUUCUAGUGCUCCUCCACCUCCGCCUCCGCUUCUAAAAUCUUCUAGUGCUCCUCCACCUCCACCUCCCCCUCCCCCUCCCCUUCCAAAAUCUUCUAGUGCUCCUCCACCUUCACCUCCACCUCCACCUCCACCUCCAAAACUUUCUGGUGCUCCACCUCCACCACCACCUCCAAAACUUUCUGGUGCUCCUCCACCUCCACCUCCACCUCCACCUCCAAAAAUUUCUGGUGCUCCGCCUCCGCCUCCGCCUCCACCUCCAAAACUUUCUGGUGCUCCUCCACCUCCGCCUCCGCCUCCUAAACUUUCUGGUGCUCCUCCACCUCCACCUCCACCUCCACAAUCAAAUCGCGGUGCACCGGUUCCACCUCCUCCACCACCAAGACCUCCCAGUGUUGAGCUACCGAGUCAUGGUACUAAACCAACUAGACCUCCUCCACCUCCUCCACCGACAAAGUCCUCUAAUGCUCACCCUCCGUCAAGUCAUGGUGCUACACCAAUGCCACCCCCUCCCCCCGGAUCAAGAGGGCCAAAUGUACCACCACCACCUCCUCCUUCUGUUGGAAGAGGCAAAGCUUCUCUAGGGUCAACAACUCAAGGAAGAGGCCGUCUUGCUACUGGAGUUGUAAAUGCUCCAAAGAAAACCACUUUAAAACCAUUGCACUGGGUAAAAGUUACUCGAGCAAUGCAAGGAAGUCUGUGGGCUGAUUCACAAAAGCAGGAAAAUCAAUCAAGGGCCCCAGAAAUAGACAUCUCUGAACUUGAAAGUCUAUUCUCAGCAGCCUCUGCUUCUGAUGGAAGUGGUAGUAAAGGUGGAGGACGACGUGGUUCCAAUAUCAACAAACCGGAAAAAGUGCAACUGAUUGACCUGCGGAGAGCAUAUAACUGUGAAAUAAUGCUCUCAAAAAUAAAGAUUCCCUUACCGGAUAUGAUAAAUUCAGUUCUUGCAUUGGAUUCUUCUGCUCUUGAUAUUGACCAGGUUGAGAAUCUCAUCAAGUUUUGUCCUACCAGGGAAGAGAUGGAAACAUUGAAGAAUUAUACAGGUGGCAGACAAAUGCUAGGAAAGUGUGAGCAGUUUUUUCUCGAGCUAAUGAAGGUCCCACGAAUAGAGUCAAAGUUACGGGUGUUUGCUUUCAAAAUAACCUUUUCUAGUCAGGUGAGUGAUUUGAGAUACAACUUGAACACAAUAAAUGAUGCUACAAGAGAGCAACAGGUCAAAGAAUCUGCAAAAUUGCGUCAGAUAAUGCAAACAAUUCUGACACUGGGAAAUGCGUUAAACCAGGGCACUGCUCGAGGCUCUGCAAUAGGUUUUAAGUUGGACAGCCUCCUUAAAUUGUCUGACACUCGGGCAAGAAACAACAAAAUGACUUUGAUGCAUUAUUUGUGUAAGCUCCUUGCAGAAAAAAUGGCGGAAUUACUUGAUUUUGACAAGGACCUUGUUCAUUUAGAAGCUGCCUCUAAGAUUCAAUUGAAAGCAUUGGCUGAGGAAAUGCAAGCAGUGAGUAAAGGUCUUGAAAAGAUGGAGCAAGAGCUAACUGCUUCAGAAAAUGACGGUGCUAUCUCUAUUGGUUUCCAGAAGGUGCUGAAGAUUUUUCUUGAUACGGCUGAAGCUGAAGUAAGGGCACUUAUUUCCUUAUAUUCUGAAGUGGGGAGAAACGCAGAUUCGCUAUCCCAGUACUUCGGCGAGGAUCCAGCUCGGUGCCCCUUUGAGCAAGUGACUCAAAUUUUGAUAGUCUUCGUUAAGAUGUUCAAGAAGUCUCGAGAAGAAAACGAAAGACAGGCUGAUGCUGAAAAGAGAAAAAUAGAGAAGGAAGCCAUGAAAGAACGAAGUUCAGUUAAUGCAAAGUGAGACCAUAUUAUGUUUUUAGUAGAAGGUAGUGCCAGACAAGCCUUAUUGGUUAAUUCGGUCGAAUACCUGAAGAGGUGCGAAUGUGAAAAUCAGAUGUAUGAUUCAUAGACUUCCUUCACGCUGAGCACAAGGCAAUUUUGUUCCCAGGUUGGCUCUUCGCCCUCCUGCGCUGCCAUUUCUUUCAUCAAUAUUGUGCUUUGUAAAUACGUAGCGAAUACCGACUCAUGACAACGAGGUUAGAGCUCUGUUGAUCUCAGCUUGACAUUGUCAUUAUGGUAACAAAACUUCUCAGAUAGCAACAUAUGGAUAUAUAUCAAUUGUUGAAGAUAGUUGAAAUAGGGCUAUGACCUUUGUACAGGUAGAUAUCAUUGCUAUAUUUUGGUAGUUUUCUUGACUCGUGGUGGCUUUUGCUGCACAUUUAUUGUAAAGAAAAGGUUACAAUUUCUAGUU